GACGGGAAAAGAUACAGAGCGAGAAAGCAGCAAAGAAAGUGGACUUCAACAUGGGUGUGAAGAGCAAGGCUGCCUUGGCUAUCUUAGUCCUGGUGCUCUUCCUCGGCACUCUCUGGCUCCAUGGAGGUUUGGAUUACCACUGGGAUGCUUGUCUAAAAGGUUACAAACAAGUGAACGAGCCACACCUGCUGUCCAACAGCAGUACCUCCGAAGUGUCCGAAGACCCCCAAGUCCUGAAGGAUUGCCCCGGACAGAUCUUCCAGGUGUCACUGCUACUCACCCAUCUGCUGGCGUCGCCGGCUUUCACAUCUGACGUACUGCUGCAGCCUUAUCUGUCCAGCUGGGAUGAGCUUGUGAAGUUUAUGGAGGCUUUAGGCCCCAUGGUUGGCCUUAUAUCGAAAGAGAUUGAAACCAAAACCUCAAUUAUCCGGGAAUUGGCCCUUCGAGCCGAGGCGAGCCCCGAAGCAGAGGUGUAUCCAGAUCCUGAAAACACAGGGAGCCCGGAGGCUGGAGUGAAGAACUUAGACCCCUCAGAGCAUUCCGGCGCUUACCACUCCGUGCGUUCCAUGAUCUGGGUGGAGUUGAAACAAGGCUUAGUGGACUUCAACCACCAGACGGACUCCGGAUGUCGGACUCUUCUGCGACUGCACCGAGCCCUGCUUUGGCUCAAGCUCUUUCUCGACAAGCUGGCCGAGAUCCCCGUGGCGGGCCGGCUCAGGAGCCCAUCGGAGCUGUGCCGCGAGGCCUACAAGACCACCCUGGCCAAGCACCACUCCUGGUUUGUGCGCAGGGCUGCCGAGCUGGCCUUCAUCGCCAUGCCCGAGAGGGAAUUUUUCUUCAGGCUGUUGUGUGUGCAGAACCAGGAGGAGCUGAGCACAGUCCUGGGACGGGUGGUUCGGGCCCUUGGAGUUGUCUAUGACAGGACGCAGAAAGCUCUGGAGGAAAACGGCAUGCUGGAUUUGCCAUAAAAGAAAACAUUGCCGAUCAGACAGGAUCAUUUCUUGUUACCGCAUUGACCACUGUGGAAUCUCGGGCAUCGAAAGUGGUGAAAAUGUGAAUGAACUUAUAGUAUUACAACUCAAAUUGCCAUCCAUAUUUUCCUUCCAAACACAGGGCAGUCAAUUAGUUUUUUGGUACUAGAUCUGUAAAUUCACCAAAGAGAAUGUUUCCAUGGAGGAUUUUUAAAGGUCAAAGUCAAGUCAAAAAUCAUCUUGAUAUGUUCUAUUAGCCCCCACGAGUCUAAACAUAAUAUUCUCAUUUAGAUUGCAUUUGUAGUAACUGAACGUGUAAAAAGCCAUAUGAGUAUGAAUAGUCACAAAUAACAAUUCACUUCCAUAAUCUCAAAAUCACUCUUGAUGGGUGAAGUAAGAUGUCGCUUAUGACAGAGGCCACCCCUUGAUUUUCGCCAACAUUUGUCAGAAAAUUUGACAAAUCCACCCGACGGCCCGAGUGAACAACUAACACGGCUCAUCUGUUUUUUGGGGUUUGGUCACGUGACAUUCACACGCUGAGCCUUUGGCCGCUGUCGUAUGUCAUUUUCAGUCGACAGCAAGUUGCAAAAUUGCUGCUCCCUGAGAUGCAUAGAAAGGGGUGGAUUUUAUGCUUGAUUUAUAGUCCACAAAUACAAUUUUAAUCCGAACAGGGGGUUUAGACUAGUGGGGAUGCACAGUAGAAUAUAUUAUGGUAAAGAAAAAAAGUGGACUUGACGACGGCAGCUAAUGAUGCAGUUGACCUUCGGGCUUGUCAAGAGAAGCUGAUGGAAGUGCCUUAAUAUUGCAUUCAUUCUAAUGGCCAGCAGGGGGCUACACCGCAGGUAGCAAACUUCCCUCAACACAGUAUUUUCCAUCCUCUAUUGAGCCAAGGUGCCCAUUUUACAUUCGACAAAGAAACGAAAACAUUAGAAAAGUGUCAAAUUUGAAAAUAUAAUUUGAACACAAAGCUGAUCAAAUAAAAUAAUGGCUUCUCCCUCAUGUUUGAAUGGCAACAGGGGCUCACGCGGGUUGAUUGUACCUUCUCCCAUCUAAUGGCGGCGCUUUUAAGAAUAUCUGCCGAUCACAAUACGUUGCUGGCAUAGAUAGUUGAACAAACAUUUAGCUGUAAGUAAUGAACAAUAAUUUUUGGAAAAUUCAUUGGAUCAGUUCCCACUGCACCCCGACCCAGGAUGACCGCUCCUGCCACACUGGUUGACCUCUUUACUCUGCAAACAUUUUACUAAUGAGUUGAAGGUCCAUGUUGAUCGCUUGAAGUCCAGGAUAAUAUAUAACUUAUUGAUUAGGCAGGGGCUAUAGUGACAGGACCAAAUAUGCAUUUUCCUCAUGCUAUAUUUAUGGCAGCUGUGCAUACUUCCAUGUUAAGAUAAUUUUUUUUUCAUAACCCUAACCUUGUCACCGCAGAAAUGCACCUAAGAGAGCUUUAAAUACAGAAAACGACAUGCUUGUCACAUUAUUAGCCUUUAGCCAGUGUUCUGUAUAUUCCGCAGGCUCAUUUGUAAAACAAAUGACAAGGAAAUGCGCAAUUAGCAAAAUAACAUGAAUUUGUAUUAGGGGAAACUGCAUCCCAAGGUUUUUUUUUUUGUUUGUUUUAAACUGCCUUGAUUUUUCACCAUAAAUGUUUUUUCCCUGGAGAGUUAGCGCACUACCUCAAAAUGUAUCUUGGUCGCAAUCAAGAGUCACCAAGUUUGGUUCUCAAGGGCCCACAUUCAGCACGUUUUAUACGUUUCUGCCUUCCAACACACCGGAUUCAAAUGAUCAUUUCUCAUCAGGCUUCUUCAGAGGCUGCUGAUGAUUUGAUCGACUGAAUGACGUGUUGGAGGAGGGAAACAUCGAAAGCAUGCAGGAUAGGGGCCUUCGAGGAUCAGCAUUGCUAACCUCUGGUCUAAAUUAAUAAAUUAGCACUGGGACCUAUUGCCUGUGAUUGAAAGAUACUGUAUAGAGAGAUAUAAAAAAAAUUAUAUGCUGGACAAAUAUGGUGCUUCACUAUGAUGCAAUUGUGAAGUAUUACGUGACAGUAUUAUACAUUUUUAAACUGAAAUGAUUCCCAAUAAAAAUAAAGGUGCUUAUUUGUCAACAUAUCCUCCUCAAAUA